AUGUUAAUUUCCACCAUAAUCCUUUUCAUCGCCUUCCAAAACAUCUAUUCAUUAAUCUGUAUCGCCAACAAUUCACUCGAAAUAUCCCGAAAUGAACACUUCUCCACUAUUCACUCAAGUACAUUACAACAACUUCAAAACAAAACGAUCUAUGCACACAAAAAGAACAAUGUGUGUCAUGUCACUGUUUAUAUCGAUUCCAAUUUGACCAAUGGUAAUGUAACCGUCGAUUUUGAUGAGGCGAUCAAUCAUGCAGUGAAUAAUUCGAUUAGUUUCGAAAUUUGGUUUCCCCUAACGAAAGGAAACGGUUCGAUUAUUAGCACAAUUGAUUUUAUCUGUUCAACACAUGAUCUAUGCGAUCGACUGUUUGUCGAGAAAUGGCUUCCUUGGCUAGUUGACAUUAAAUAUGAUGUCAUACAAAUGAAUCUGAUUUAUCUUUUGACAUUCGGUAAUCAUUCCAGUAGAUGUGAUGUUGCCGGCCGAUCAACGACUUGUUCCAGUGGUAAAUGUAUUGCUGAAUAUACAGGACUGAGAAAUUCUAGUAUUCUCGGUGCUGGUUGCAUAGAUAAGUCGGAUUUGGCGACGGUUGAUUUGUCAAUGAAGAUGGAAAGUAUGGAAUUUCGAUCGAUUCAAUAUAAGGCAAUUCAGUAUAUUUGUACGAGAGAUAAUUGUAACGAUGAAUCGACAUUUCGACUUGUUUGGAAAGAAACAGGAAGCCUAGUAGAUUAUUUUAAACCAAUUGUAAGUUGGUCACGUCGUCAGAAUCGUUCACGAUUAUCGCGUCGAAAGUCAUCGAAGAAAAAACAACAUUUAGCCAAUAAACAUCAAUCGAAGAGAACAUAUCUCCUUGGGUUUACUUCGAUCAUUUUGAUAGUUAUUUUCGUUGCAUUCAUCGUCGUAUGGCAUCAUCGUCAUCAGAGAAAUCAACCAGAAUAUGCACCGGCGACAAUAAUUGCAUAA